AUGGCCGAAAUCGCAGCAGGAGCAGUCGUCGCCGAGCAGGUCGUGUCCACGGCCAUCGAAGGCGGCGUCGUGGCCGGUGUAGCCCUAUCGCGGCGCACCAUGCCACUCAAAGCCACCUUCACCCGCAUUGCCAUCUCCGAUCUUAUCCGCCGCCACUCGCACUCCAUCACCGUCAUCCAUGACAAGGCCUACAUCUUCGGCGGCAUCACCGAGACGGGCGCCCUCGCCGGCGACGAAGUCCAUGUCAUAACUCUUCCGCCGUCCAAACCCAGCGCCUCGCAUGCCGGCGACACCAACUACGCUUGUAUCCCCGCCCUGCCCGCCCAAGACGGCGGCCCCGUCCCCACUCCACGCGCCGCGCACUCGGCCACCGCCGCCGGUGAGCGCAUCCUCGUCUGGGGCGGCUGUGACGCCGCAGGCCACUCCCUCCCAGAGACGCCCGCCCAGCUCUGGGCCUUCGACACGGCGUCGCUGCGCUGGACCAGCAUCCCCGUCCCCGAGGGCCCUGCCGGCGCCACGCACGGCGUAGACCCCGCCACCGGAGUCUGGCAGUCCUUCAGCGACCAGACGCUGUCGCGCACCACGGCGCCAUCCGCCAUCGCCGCCACCGGCGACCGCGUCUACUUCGUCGGCGGCGGGGCAGGCGACGCGGGCAUGCAGCCCCCGGCCGCCGCCGCGGCAGAUGCGAACGGCGAUGGCGAAUCGGGCCGCGACUCGCAGUUCCAGGCCCCGGUCCACUACUACGACUUCUCGACGCAGUCGUGGCACACGCUCGCGCCGCCCGCGAAUCCGCUCGUGCCCGGCCCGCGCCUGCCGCGCGAUGGCGCCGCGCUGCACGUCGUCUCGACCGGGCAUGGCCGGCAGUACCUGCUGUACAUGCUGGGGCAGGACGCGCCGGCGGCGGGGAGCAAUGCAUAUCCGUUCCCGCAUGGCGACAACGCCAACGCCCCCCGCACCGCGCACGCCGCUCUCUGGACAUUCCAGAUCCCGGCGCCGCGGCCCUCGUUCGCAGGCGCAAAGGACGCGGCGCGCGGCGCGCUGGGCAUGGACUCUGGCUGCGACAGCUGGGCCGAGGUCGAGGUGCGCGUGCACGACGAGGAGUUUGCGCACGCGGGUAAGGCGCACCCGGGGCCGCGGGCGUGGUUUGCGAGCUCGACGAUGGGGGAUCAGCGCGGGGUCGUGUUGUGGGGUGGCGUGGAUCCUGCGGGCGAGGUGGCGGGCGAUGGGUGGGUUGUUAGGGUUGAGUAGGGGGUGGUGGGUUGCGUGCUUGUAUGCAUACUACUACUUGCUUGAUGGAUUGCGUUUCGGCUUGUUCUUUUCCGUAGAGAAGCUUGCUGGCUUCGCUGUAUUAUUAGUCAGCUACGACUGCUGCUUCUGCC